AUGGGUAUCUGCCCUGACGCUUUUGAUGGAGAUGAACUGCUGAGUUGCAGCUUGGAACAGUUGAAGGACGCGGCGAAUGAGUUUGUAGAGAUCAUGAUAAUGCUGGUGGGCAAAGCGAAUACUCCUGAAGACAAGAUCGGGACGCCCUCGGGCUCGCUCUGUAAACACAGCGCGGGAUCGCCCCGCUACGCCUCGGAUGACUCCGAGAGAGAGUCAGAUGGAUACAUCAGCAUUCGUCAGAUGUCUCUAGGACCAUCGGGUGGAAGGUUCUUAAAGGACAAGAUCGGACAAGCCAAGAUCGACGCCUAUAAGGGACAAGACAAGAGCAACAUGCCGCAGAGAUCGGCCAGUACCCGCACUGGGCUGGAGUAUCAAGAAGAGGGCGAUCUAAGUCGGUACUUCAAUUCAGCCAUGAAGAAGUACGAGGCGGAUCAACGUACAGCUCAGCGAAUGAAUCGACAGCCAAACCGCUACCCAGAUCGCCGUACUUUGCUCCAACCUUCACACGAAAGCCUUGACAUGCCGGAUGUGGAAUUGGAGUCGGUGGGGUCGGACAUUUACCAACAUAUCCAUGAGGGGGCGGAAUACGACCCGGAUGAUCUAUGGAUGCCCGAACCACGGCUCCCUCAUGUAGCCGCGACCGGUGCGACUACCGGAGGGGAAAGCAUCACGCAGAGGAUCAGAAUCUCAGCGAUUUCUGAGCUGAAAGAAUUCUCAGGGAAGGAUCGGGAAGAAGACAAAGCACGGACCUGGAUCGGCAAAGUGUAG